AUGCCAACAGCAACCAGGGCAGGGAUAUAUGGUGGAGACGGGGAUGACACCAAUAAGCAGGGAGCGUACAACAGCUCAGAAGGGGAAUCAACCCCAGGUAACAACUCGAGUGCGUCAGCAAUGCGUUUAGAAAUAGACACGAGCAUUUGUCAUGUUAAGUGCUUCCUGGUCAGUAGGAACAUCCCCAAACUAGAAGCAACAGCACCUGUAGCUAUCGCAAGUCUACACAAGAUGAGAGUAGGAAUUCAUGAUCAGCAACCUGAGCGUCGCAUGCCUCUAGUAGACAUAGAGCUCAGGAAGAGAUACGAUCAAGUCAGCGAUGCAUGUGGUGACGACGAGGACGAUGAAGUAUGUCUUAUUAAGCAAUAUAUUAGUGAGCUAGAGAUCAUGUGUUCACGCGUAGGUAUUAAGAUGAAUGAACCAGCAGUUUUUGAACUUCUAAAGCUAAAAGCCGCUGAAUUUCCGAAGUUACCGAGUGAUGAUUCCUUCAAAACGGAAAAUUGUAAAGACAUUAUAGAGUUUACUAUGCAAUGCAGAGGCGUGUUCUUAGCUAAGUCCAUGACACUCUGUCAGUAUCCAACACUAGUGAGAUAUCUAUUAGAUUACACUGAGGCAACUGAGAAGACCAAUGGGGGUUCUCAAUGA